UUGACCCCGGGUAUCCUGUUAACACACAACUUCUUCGAGCAUUGUUUGUCGGACGUCCGAUAGAGUUGUCAUGUCGUGUAUUCUGCUGCUGGUGCUGGUUGGCGUCCUGUCCCUCGCGUGGCUGCUAGGACGGCGGAGAAGAAGAGAAGGCGAGCCCCCGCUGAUCCAAGGCUGGAUUCCCUAUCUCGGCAAGGCUUUGGACUUCAGACUGGAUUCACAAGCAUUUCUUAAAAAUAAUCAGGAAAAAUAUGGAGACGUGUUCACUGUGUAUAUAGCAGGUAAAUACAUGACUUUCAUUAUGAACCCUCUGAUGUACCCCUCCAUCAUGAAAUACGGCCGACAGCUGGACUUCCACGAAUUCGCCGACCAGGUGGCGCCGGCAACCUUCGGCUACCCAGCUGUUGGCAGCGGUCGCUUCCCGGAAAUGGGCGACCAGAUCCAGCGCUCCUUCCGGCUCCUGCAGGGGGAGAACCUGGUGCUGCUGGCGGAGUGCAUGAUGGCCAACCUGAACCUGGUCCUCCGUCAAGACUUUCUUGGUGGGGAGGGGGAGCGAGGUACCGGGGUGGUCGGGAUGGGCUGGUCUACCGGCGGCCUGUACGACUUCUGCAACAGCGUCAUGUUCGAGGCCACCUUCCUCACCCUGUACGGCAUGCCGGCCCCCGCCCGCCGGCACAGCGACAUGGCCACCCUGCGCCAUCACUUCACCAAGUUUGAUGACAUGUUCCCCCUGCUGGUGGGGCGCAUCCCCAUCUGGCUGCUUGGCCGGACCAAGGCCGUCCGGGAGACCCUGAUCCGCUACUUCCUGCCCCAGAGGAUGAUGUGCUGGUCCAACACCUCGCAGUUCAUUGCCCGGCGGGCGGAGGUGUUGGAGCAGUACGACACGCUCAGUGACACCGAUAAGGCAGCUCACCACUUCGCCAUUCUGUGGGCUUCUGUGGGGAACACAGUCCCGGCCACCUUCUGGGCUCUCUACUACCUGAUCAACCAGAAGGAUGCGCUGCAGGCUGUUCGCAAUGAGCUUCACCAAGUCCUCAAGCUCCCUGAAGCCCAGGGCCCCCAACAACCUGAAGUGAUUGUCAGCAAGGAGCAACUGGAUCAGCUCCUCCUCAUGGACAGCGCCGUCAACGAGAGCCUCCGUCUCUCCUCUGCGUCCAUGAACAUCCGCGUGGCCCAGGAGGACUUCUCUCUGCGGCUGGACGAGGAGCGCUCGGCGCCCGUCAGGAAGGGGGACGUCAUCGCCCUCUACCCUCAGACGAUGCACAUGGACCCCGAGAUCUUCACAGACCCUGAGACAUACAAGUAUGACCGCUUCAUCGAGGGAGGACGAGAGAAGACAGACUUUUUCAAGCACGGACAGAGGCUCAAGUACUACCGCAUGCCGUUCGGGUCGGGCUCCUCCAUGUGCCCUGGCCGGUUCUUCGCCAUCAAUGAGAUCAAGCAGUUCCUGUGUCUGCUGCUGCUGUACCUGGACCUGGAGAUGGCGCAGGGCCAGGAGAAGGCCCAGCUGGACAACAGCAGAGCAGGCCUCGGCAUCCUACUGCCUACCAAAGACGUGCGCUUUUGCUAUAGAAUUCGGUAGCGAUUCCAGGAGAACUUGGACCAUCGAUGCCCGAACUCGACAAGGCGAUCCCCAGACCACUCACGUUAAGGGUCCAACAUUUGAGUCGAAGCUAACAGGCUUGAUCUUCCACAAGAAUGAAGCAUUAUUCUCGAUUAUCUUCAGCUUUACUCACUUAAUGUGACACUUAUUAUAAGUGAGGAUACAUAUUUGCGUCCUCGCUUAUCCUCCGCUUUACUCACUUAAUGGAACACUUAUUAUAAGUCGGAAAUCUAUGGGCGUGGUUAUAUCUAUUGGUCGCAAUAACAAGAUAACACAUGUUACAUUCCAGACUGAGAAAACCGCGAUGCAUCACAGGUGCAUCACGAUGCAAGUGUGGAAAUACUGUGAAACUGCUUUGCAGUGCAUUAUCGUUAUGAAGUUUUGCAUUAUAUAGGAACCAGAUCUGUGCAUUCAGAUUUUGAACAGCACUACAUUUGGACGACCCCAAUUAGUGCACUGUGAAGUGAAUGAGUGAGCCCUUAGAGAAACGGACCAUGCCUGGGCGUCUCACCAGCUGGAAGAAUAUGAUCCAGGGCACCAGGCUUGGAGAGCAGAGAUCAUUUAGUGCAAGUAUCUCUGAUCAUGUUUAGUCUAUUUUAGUAGCACUUAAUCAUAGCUAGGCUCAAAGGACUUCACAGCCCCACGUUAUACUAAAUCAUAUAACCCCAAGACCUCUAAAUGGUGUGGACAAAAUCCAUUAGAAGGAGCACAGGAGAGAAAUUCCUCCCUUUUGGAACCGUAAAGAUUGCAAUAGGUGCAAAACACGCAGACAUGAUGCAAGGAAAAAGUGGUUAUGAUGAAGCAGUAACAUGUAUGCAACCAUUUUUUCCCUUUAAAUGCCUGAUGAAAGACAACUACAGAAGAAAGCGAAGAAGAAGAAAUAACAUUACAGAGAUGAUGGAAUGUCAUUGGAAAUCCAAAUGAAAUAGAUCCUGACAUCAUAUAGAAGCAGCUGUUUCACCGAAACACUACAUUUCAGUAUAUUUCAGCCGUAUUACGGGUCAAACACUCGUAUUCCAUAUCACUACAACCUUUACACAGUACUUUCCCCAGAGCCUUGUCCAAAGAACCGCAUAUCCAAAUCGCUUUGCAAAAUCGAAAAAACACAAGCCCAUCAAUGGCAAACUCAAGGACAUGCUUUUGUUUUUAUGUAAUACAUAAAAACAAAAUGUUUUUAUGGAUUACAUACACAUGCAUACAAUACAUUUUGGGUUGUGUGGCUAAUGUUUCACUAAAGUAUUCAAAGCUGCAAAUGAAAUAAAGAUGCAUACAGACAAA